GACUAAUGAAUAGAAUUUAUUGUUAGUCAAUGAUUUAUUCCAAAUACCAAACAUAAUUUCGAGGUCUUAAUGAUUUUGCGAGUACCCUAUCGAUCGUACUUACUGCCAAGCCUACAGAGAAAUAUUACAAUCCGCGAUUUACUGAUAAUAUAAGCAAAGUCUGACAGUCUCCGUUGGUAGUAGUAGAAUUCUCGAUAACCUUGACUGGAGCCGGUCAAGCUACGAGCGGCACAGCGUUGCCGCUCGAGUUUACUCCUAACCCACGUUACAAAUGGAGGGGUGGCCACAACCAGCGACCAUGCAAGAGCGGCAGCUGAGCGUUCCCAGUUUUGAGUCGCUCACGACAGAGCGCGUUCGACAAUUACUACUCGAUUAUUGUAUGCAAGAUGACCGGGACUGGAAGAAGGUUGAGGAAACUGUCCGAGAGGGAAUACCAAAUUCUGAUCUCGAACGUCGAGUGUCGGCCAUGUUUGUGGAACGACGAACACGUCGACUUCAAGAACGGCAAUAUCACGAGGAAGCAAUGGGACGAGGUUGGGGAGUCCUUGAAUUUGCCAGGGGAGGAAUGCAAGAAGAAAUGGAAGAACCUGAAGGACACGUUCAGGAAGAAGGUGAACCUAAUGGCGUCCAAACCCGGAGCUUCGCAGAGAAAAUGGAAAUACUCCGACCGGAUGGAGUUCGCCAGGCAGGUGAUUACGCCCGGUCAUUCUUCGGAAAAUUUCGAAUUUCCACCGAUCAAAGAGGAGGAUUCCACGGACUCCGAGAUGACCUUCGAGGAUAACAGCUUGCAGCAGGAUACCAAGUCGUCGUUUCCCGAGGAGGAUGAUGAGGGGUACGACCAGAACCAAGGGAGUGCUGGGAGGAAGAGGGAGAGAGAAGAGGAGUUUUUGGAGGAGGAUAGACUGAUGGAAACGCCUUUGAAGGCUGUGAAACUGAUGGAGAGUGACAUGAGUGACGACCAUCAUUUUUUCCUGAGCUUACUCCCGUACGUUUCUCGAUUAGACGAUCUGGAGAAGUUAGAGCUAAGGGCUAAAAUACAGACUUGCGUUUUCGAGGCGGUCAGGGACCAUGAGGCGAAGAAGAAGAAAAAACAGUACUACCAACAGUCGCCUUGAGAGAAUAGUUACUCAACUCGAUGUUCAGUGAUUAAAAACAUGACUGGAAUACCAAGGUGAAGAACCAAAAUAUAUUUUAUAUAAUAUAAUACCUAUGGGAAUAUUUUAACAUAAGAAAGUUCAUCCAUAGAUGAACUAAUCAGGAUCCUGUUCCAUAUUGACGAAAAAUUUAUGUGCCCAGCGAUCAUCGAAACUGUGAUUUCAAUUUAUGAACGGACAUAGAAGCAAAUAAGUUGUAUUUGCUGGAGAAUAAGUUGAGCAGUGUGAAUUUAAAUGAAUGUUUUAGGAAUUGGAUAAUAUUGUUGAUUAAUCGAUAAAAACAUCCAUUUAUCACUGUCGCAGAACAAUAAUUAUAAAUACAGUUUUUAUUUUGGGA